GUGGGCCAGCUGGGGGCCUGGGGCCGCACUCCGGGGAGCCGAGCCGGGCGGCGUGGGAGGAGCGCCGGGUGCCGCCGCGGCCUGCCGGUGCUCAAGAGGCUCGUCCCCUGCGUGCCCGGAGAAUGUGUGUGUGUCCCGGGCCCAGACGAAUUGGAAUCCCCGUCGGAAGCUCCGGCCUGCCGCUGUUCUCGGAUGCCAUGCCAGCGCCAGCUCAGCUGUUUUUCCCUCUCCUCCGUAACUGCGAGCUGAGCAGAAUCUAUGGCACCGCCUGUUACUGCCACCACAAGCAUCUCUGCUGCCCGCCCCCGUACCUUCCUCAGAGUCGCCUGAGAUACAGCCCCCACCCGGCGUACGCGACCUUCUGCAGGCCGAAGGAGAGCUGGUGGCAGUACACCCAGGGGAGGAGAUAUGCUUCCACACCCCAGAAGUUUUACCUCACACCUCCACAAGUCAACAGCAUCCUGAAGGCUAACGAGUACAGUUUCAAGGUGCCCGAGUUCGAUGGCAAAAACGUCAGCUCUGUCCUUGGAUUUGACAGCAAUCAGCUGCCUGCAAAUGCACCCAUCGAGGACCGGAGGAGCGCGGCCACCUGCCUGCAGACCCGAGGGAUGCUCUUGGGGGUGUUCGACGGCCAUGCGGGCUGUGCCUGUUCGCAGGCGGUCAGCGAGAGACUCUUCUAUUAUAUUGCUGUCUCUCUGUUACCCCAUGAGACUUUGCUAGAGAUUGAAAAUGCAGUGGAGAGUGGUAGGGCGCUGCUGCCCAUCCUCCAGUGGCACAAGCACCCCAAUGAUUACUUCAGUAAGGAGGCAUCCAAAUUGUAUUUCAACAGCUUGAGGACUUACUGGCAGGAACUUAUAGACCUCAACACUGGGGAGUCUACUGAUAUCGAUGUUAAGGAGGCUUUAAUUAAUGCUUUCAAGAGGCUCGACAAUGACAUCUCCUUGGAGGCUCAAGUUGGUGAUCCCAAUUCUUUCCUCAACUACCUGGUGCUCCGAGUGGCAUUUUCUGGGGCCACCGCCUGUGUGGCCCACGUAGACGGUGUUGACCUUCACGUGGCCAAUACUGGCGAUAGCAGGGCCAUGCUGGGUGUGCAGGAAGAGGAUGGCUCUUGGUCAGCAGUCACUCUCUCUAAUGAUCACAACGCUCAGAAUGAAAGAGAACUGGAACGGCUGAAAUUGGAACACCCGAAGAAUGAGGCCAAGAGUGUGGUGAAACAGGAUCGGCUGCUUGGCUUGCUGAUGCCUUUUAGGGCUUUUGGAGACGUAAAGUUCAAAUGGAGCAUUGACCUUCAAAAGAGAGUGAUAGAAUCGGGCCCAGACCAGUUGAACGACAACGAAUACACCAAGUUCAUCCCUCCUAAUUAUUACACGCCUCCUUAUCUCACUGCUGAGCCAGAGGUCACUUACCACCGGUUAAGGCCACAGGAUAAAUUUCUAGUGUUGGCUACUGAUGGGUUGUGGGAGACCAUGCAUAGGCAGGAUGUGGUUAGGAUUGUGGGUGAGUACCUGACCGGCAUGCAUCACCAACAGCCAAUAGCUGUUGGUGGCUACAAGGUGACUCUAGGACAGAUGCAUGGCCUUUUAACGGAAAGGAGAGCCAAGAUGUCCUCAGUAUUCGAGGACCAGAAUGCAGCAACCCAUCUCAUUCGUCACGCAGUGGGCAACAACGAGUUCGGGACUGUUGAUCACGAGCGCCUCUCCAAAAUGCUUAGUCUUCCUGAGGAGCUUGCCCGGAUGUACAGAGACGACAUUACCAUCAUCGUGGUUCAGUUCAAUUCUCAUGUCGUAGGGGCGUAUCAAAACCAGGAAUAGCGAGUGGAUAUUAUUACCCUGGCAUUUCUCAAAAUGAAAUAGAUUUCAAGGGCAGACAGAUUUGUAAAAGAUACUAAUAUAAUAAACAUUUCCAGUGGGUCAUUCUAAGCAUUUACCCAUUCGAUACUCUAGUUGGUCACAUACUCCAGAUUGACUUUGCAGCAGGGUGGCAGGACCGUGAGCGUCUCGUCCUGCCUGGCUCAGACCUCACAGCGCCUGCACUCGCAGCAAGUCAGUUCCUUGUUGCAAAUGUCUUGUGACAUUGGCUUCUUUUAUCAAUCUGAGAAAAUCAAGAUGACCUGGCAGGUAGGAUCUUGAAUAGGCCCAAAGCCAGGAUCUUGCUGGGCGUAUCUCUUGGUAAAAGGGAAGAAACGUUUCCGUUCACACCCGCAGACCCCUUUCAUCACUAAGGUUCCAGUGUACAUGAGAAUGUUUAUUUACUGCAUGAUUUCCUAGAUAGACAAUCUAUGCAUUAUUCAUAUAACUUUAUUUUAGCCUGAAGUGGUUUUCAAAUCCAGUACUUUAAGCCAUAAAUGACUGAGAACCAAUCUGAAUUUGUAAGUGUUUGUGAUUAUUUGACUGGAAUGCUUCUUAAGUGGAAAAACAAACUACUCCCUUCCCCACCCCUGGUUACCUAAUGUAAUCGAGAUCUUUUCUGUUUUGCCACACACUAGAAGACGAUGCUUUUGGUUUCCUCCACUCUUAUGUUGAUGUUAAAGAAAACAUUUUUUAGUUUGUAGUAAUGAAAGGAUUUCAUUUCAUUUAGUUUGAAAUAAAAUGAUCCAGAAUAAAAAGAAGAGACUGUUCAUUCAAUCAUUGUCAUCUGUAGCCACCAGCACGUCACGCUUAUCUUGUAAUCCCCAAAGGCUUGGCGUGCGUGCGUGUGCGGUGGAUAGACUGCUGCCAGGAAAUCAUACUGCCCAGUUAGUAGUGAUCAGAAUCUUCCCCACUUUUGGAGUUUCAAGGGUGACGUAUAUAAAAUAAGUUUUAAGUCUCAAAUUGGAGAGUAAGAUUUAAUAUUACUUUUGGGUGUUGACACCGGGGAGGGAGUUUUUGUUUUUCCCCACGUAGACAUAGGUCAGUUAAAAUAUUUGGUUUAAAAAUGACUAAAUGCUUUAAACCUAUUGUAGCUUAUAAGUAGAAAUCUUAAGAUAUAUACAUGAGAAGUUUUAAAAGGCAACUGUUGUGCAUGCCUGAUGCUUAAUAGAACCCUUAGUAGCAUCAAGUGUUGUUUGCAGCAGUCUCUGUAAUUAUAUGCAGUCCCUUCUAGUGCUGUAUCAAAGUAAAUGAAAAUAAAUAUAUUCAAAUUGGCUUUUUGGGAGCUUAUUUGAUAUGCAUCAAACGGCAUUUGUCCUGUGUUUAAUGGUGAUCUGUGUACAGCUGUGCAUAUAUUUUCAUCACUUCCUCUGGCAUCACCGUUAAGAGAAUGGCUACGACUAUGUUUGAUAUUCACAUAGAUUUUAAGACAACACGUGAUCGGCUUUCCCGUGUGUAAUUAGUUGAGGGGUUUUAGGAGUCCUUCCAAUUUCUGUAAAAUAUGAACUAGCUGUUCAAGGACUUCCUCUGGACUGUGGACACUAAAGCAAUGUAGAAGUGAUGGUAAAACUUGUUCCAACUGAAAAACAGACUCAGGCAGAUUGUAGCUCAGAGCAGCAUAUAAUGUUUGUUUUCUGAGUUGUUUUUCCCUCACUUUUCCCCUUCAUUCGGCUUGGAACUUUUCUUCCAGGCAGCAUUUUGGAAGGGGGAAGGCUGUACUAUGUAUUUAUUUCCAAAUGUUUUGACGUCUUUUAAUUGAAAUAUAUGUAGAUUAUUAAAACCCAUUUUCAGGCUGCUAUUUUAAUUUCUCUUGAACACCGCCACUGAAGAGUUCCAUAUCAUAUACUUCAUAGUCUUGUCUCUUUUUAGUACCGUAUGUUAUAAAUUCAGUGUCCAGUGGUCACAAUCAAAAUAGUAAUCAUUAUUGCACAAGAAACUCGGUCUGCAGUCCAAAAGCUGGUCUACUCUCUAGAAAUGAGAACGCUGUGUGGAGUUGACAUGAUGGAAACAAAAAUAAUUGGAUGUUAGAAAUCUGAAUGUACUAUCAUCUAAAAGCAGUUGUGAUUUUAUUGUAAUUGGUUGUCACUGUGAUGUGAUAUUUAAAGUAUGCAACAUAUGUAAACUUUCAUAGUAUUUAGCUUUUCUUAAACUUUUUUUUUAUUAUGGAAACUUUCUAACGUGUAUCAACCUCUGUAUUUAUAUUUAAUCAGUGGCUCACGAUAUUUAUAAUAUGCCCCUAACUAAGUGGAAUGGUGGUAUAUUUCACAGUACUUGGUAAAAAACAAAAACAAAAACCUGUGUCUUAUAAAAGAUAUAUCUGUAUGAAGACGUGUGAAAAGUUUAUAAUAUUGGUCACAGAAAUGCCCACAGUAAAUUAAAGCUUCAUAUCUGCUUUCUGAA